AUCUGUCGAACCUUUUCAAUAGUCGAUGCAGGUAAUAGUUGCAUAGAAUACACGUCAUUCGUGGAUUCCUUGAACGGGUUUCCCUGUUUCGCCGGAUUGUUUCUUUAUUCGAGUAACCAGCAUACUAUAGGUAUUUAACUGCGAAACACGACGCAUAUAAGAGCAGAACGAUUGACGCUAGUCGAUUGGAAUGAUUCCUUUCACCGUGUAAAAUUGUUUCCUACAGAACACCGGCAGAAGAUAAUCCAAUACCUACCAGUAAUUCCGAGAUGCAGUCGCACUGUGAAAUUGUAUACUCAAGAAGUGGAGUAACAAACGAAUCCCAGGAAGUAGCAGUCGACGAGAUACAUGACCAUUCAGCAUUAUGCACCUUUGCAAGCACCAAUUGCAUUGAAAGACGAGUCAUCGAAGACUUCAGUCUGAAGCUCAGAAAAACCGUUGAUGCUAUCGCGAUAGCAACAGCAUUGCUCAAUCAUGGAGAUUGUAACCAAUUUAUCUCUGAGCUGAUCAGGGCUAACAUCAGAGGAGGAUCAAGUCGGGAAGAGAUGUGGAAUAUUCUAUUACCGAACAUUCCUCUUAACUGCUCGUUCUCGUCCUUUUGGUUGGCGCUAUAUAGUUCUGGCUAUGACAUUUUAUCAACGGAAAUAUCAAAACAUUUUUGGCAAUAUCACCUAACCGUUGGCCCUCGUCGAACCGAAUGUAAAAGGCAAGAUUACUUUCUGCGUUUGAAAGUAUGUUUUCAUGACCAAGUGUUCAAACAACCACAUCAGUUGUUUUUAGAAACAUCGGAACGACAUAGGAUCAAAUAUGAAGAUGCCAAUGAUGCUAAAGGGAAAAUGCGUGCCGCUGACCGUUAUGCAGACUGCCUCUGUGUUCUCAUCGACACAAAAGCUCCGGAUUUUUUGGGAAAGUUUCCUACUCACAACCUGUUCGAGAGCCUUAAAGCUAUCAUUCCAGAAACGUCAAACACCUCACUUACAGAAGUUGCCUAUUACUCGCGAUUGGCAAUUGCACAUGGUAUGGCGAACGACAUGGAAACGGGACGUAGAUGUAUGGCUCAAGCACAAGCGGCCGCAUUCCAGAUAGAACAAAACGUCCAGUAUGUGUACAAUAUGUUAUACAUCCAUAUUCAUUUCCUUUGCAUGCAGGUAGAACGCCCAACGUCGAAUGAUAUAGAUAGAAUUCUCGAUGUAACCAGACGUUUCCUGCAGAACCUUCCAGUCCCGGAUGAAGGGGCAGUUUUCUGGAAAAAAAUGCUCUUGCUACGAUCUGCGUUUUUUCUACUUGGAUUCAGUCACAGAGGCGUAGUCAACGAGUUACAUAGAGUUGAGAAGAGCCAUGUUGUUGUCGCUAAGAUUUUCUUGGCCGAAAUAGAUGCCCAUUGGGAUGGAAUCGAAUACGUGCGGAGAUUGUUCUAUUAUGUAUGCAAAGCUCGGAUUCAGGAACUAAAACACAAAGACAUAUAUGAUGAAAAUGGGGAAGGAGACAGGCACCAACAAGAAAUUGUCACUCUUCAUUUCCGGGCUGCCAUUGACCAGUUAGACAAGACCAUUGAAGAGGGUCAACGUGAACAGCAUCCACAGUUGUUCCUCGCUGAGAUGUACUCAUGCAGGCUACGCAGUAAAAUCGGGAAUUUUCGGUACCUCCUACAUAUUUUUACGUUAUAUAUACAACUUUUCAUAAGAUUUAUAUUGGGAUGGAGGAAUUUCUAAGAGCAUCCAUUUUUCUAUUGAUAGCUAUAUUUUAUCCUCGGCAUGACACGCAGACACAAACUGUGCUAGCUCAUUAGGACGAUUGUUAGGCUGCCGUAAGACCAUAAAAAAGGCGAUCACCAGACACCUCAAAUAGCCUGUCUCUAGAGAAAACGGUACAAUGUAUUUACUGUGAAUCUGUUUACUUUCAAAAUAUUGAUAGACUUGGUAAAGCAUAGCUUGAUACUGAAUGUUUUGUGAAUUAAGCGGAAAUGAAAUAAUAUAUUCAUUCAGAAGUGUCAAGGUGCAUAUUCCAGGUAGGAAUUGUAACGCAAGUUUACCGUAUAUCACCUGGGUUCUGUUUCUUCGGAAAUGCUAUAUAAUUCACCUGAUGAUUCACUUCAAAAGUUGAUUUCUCAACACAUUUUUUAUGAAUGUUUCUCUUUCUCCAAAACCAUUUUAUAUGUACAU